GUCCGGAACCUCAGCCAUCUCGCGCAGUUGCAGGAGAGCAGCAGUCAGGAGAAGUACCACAAGUUCGGAUUCCGAAGCAAGGAGGUUGUGGUCUUAGACCGAAGAGCGGCGACGAAGGCUCUGCCUGGCAUCCUCUCCCAGAACAUGAUCCCAGCCGCGCGGUCACCGCUUCUGUGA